AUGAGCUUCACCAUCGAGGAGAGGGGGAAGCCAAAUACCCACGAUUACAGAGUGUUUUUCAAAAACGCUGAUGGGAAGUAUAUCUCUCCUUUCCAUGACAUACCCAUCUACGCUAAUGAGGCAGAGAAUAUAUUUCACGCUGUGGUGGAGAUUCCAAGAUGGACUAAUGCAAAAAUGGAGAUUGCUACCAAAGAUCCUAUGAAUCCACUGAAACAAGAUGUGAAGCAGGGAAACCUUCGGUAUGUCGCUAAUGUGUUCCCUCACAAAGGAUAUAUCUGGAAUUACGGCGCGAUCCCACAGACAUGGGAAGACCCGGGGCACAAGGAUAGUGACACAGGAUGCUGCGGUGACAAUGACCCCAUUGACAUAUGUGACAUAGGAAACAAGGUGUGCUCCCGAGGAGAGGUCAUCAAGGUGAAAGUUUUAGGAACCUUGGCUCUGAUUGAUGAAGGUGAAACAGAUUGGAAGGUCAUUGUGAUCAAUAUGGAGGAUCCUGAGGCCGGCGCCUUUAACAAUAUUGAUGAUGUAAGAAAACUUAAGCCGGGCUACCUGGAGGCGACAUUCGAUUGGUUCAAGAGAUAUAAAGUCCCGGAUGGAAAACCUGAAAACCAGUUUGCAUUCAACGGAGAGUUCAAGGACAGGGACUUUGCCAUCGCAACAGUCAAGAGUACCCAUGAGUUUUGGAAAGCACUGAUUUCUAAGAAGACGGAUUCUGGUGAGCUAAGCUGCAUGAACACCUCCGUCUCGCAAAGCCCAACCUGCUGCUCCAGUGCCGAUGCCAAAGCCGUCGUUGAUGCUGCGUGUGCUUUUGGAGCCGAAGAUUCCCUUCCAAGUUCAGUUGAUAAAUGGUUCUACUAUGAGAAGUAA